AACACAACACAAUAUGAGCCUGGUUCAUUUUCAGUAAUGAGGCCCUGUACCCCAUUUACAGUUUCUACUUCAAUGUAUCAGGUGGAGUUAUUCACCAGCUAUAGAGUGAGUUGUUGUUUAUGUUUCUAAGACUGCAGGGUGGGAGAUGCAACAAUGGCCUUGAGAACAGCAGGAAGUGUGUUGGUGGUCUUUCUCUGGUCUGUGACAGUGGUACUGGGUCAGGAUGGCUGGAGUGUGACUUACACCACUCAGAGUAUCUGUGCCUUGAAGGGGUCAACUGUGGAGCUGACCUGCUCUUACACAUAUCCCAGUGGUCAUAAAGUCACAACAACAUUCUGGUUCACUGAAUGGGGGACUGGUGUAGAACCUAAAGAUCUAGGUCAGGACCCAGAGUAUGCAGGUCGUCUGAAGUAUCAUGGGGAUAAGAAGAGUGACUGUACCCUGAGAAUCACAGACCUGAGAUUGAGUGACUCUGCUGGGUUCAGGUUCAGAUUCAUAACAUCUGGAGGAAAGGGUUCUGGCCCACCUGUCUCCCUGACUGUCUCAGAUGUUGUGUUGGAGAUGGAUCCUACAUCUGUGUCAGAGGGGGAGAGAGUCACACUGAGAUGUAGAACCAACUGUACACUGGACCCCAUCACAGCCUUCAGCUGGUAUAAGAAUGGACAGCCUAUACCAAACAGCAACACCUCCUCUCCUGUCUAUAUCCUAUUCUCAGUCAGCAGUGAGGAUACAGGCAGAUACUCCUGUUCUGUAGAAGGACAUGAGGAUCUCCCCUCUGCUGAAGAGACUCUCAAUGUCACAUAUGGCCCAAGGAACACCUCAGUGUCAGUCAGUCCCUCUGGUGACAUAGUGGAGGGCAGUUCAGUGACUCUGACCUGUAGCAGUGAUGCCAACCCACCUGUGGACAAAUACACCUGGUACAAGAAGAAAGUAACCUCACCAAAAGCAUCAGGACAGAGUUACAGCAUCACUAACAUCAGCUCUGAGGACAGAGGAGAAUACUACUGUGAGGCCCAGAAUGGAAGAGGAUCUAUGAACUCUACAGCUCUGAUGAUCAUUGUAGCAGGGAAACAAACAUCAGUUCUGACUGCAGCUGUAGGAAUCAUAGUGGUUGUUCUGGUUCUCAUCCUCUGUCUCUCUGGACUCAUGUGGUUCAGGAAGAAGAACUCCACAUCCACCUCCAACACAAGAGACACAGCAGAUGAUGGACAGGGAGACUCUAGUCCAGUGUAUGACAACAUCUCAAACAUGGACAUGACCCCUACUGCAGCACAGACAGAGUCCACAUACGACCAGGAUGAUGUUCACUACGCCAGCGUCCACUUCUCUCGCUCCAAAAACCAGGAAGUGCCUCUGUACUCCACCGUCCAGCUGCAUCAACCACAGAAACAGGACCAAGAUGUCCAAUACGCUGCUGUGAAAUUCAACCUCCCCAGUUCUGCCACCCAACCAGCAGCAGCACAAGCAGCUGAGGUGGAUGCCUCUGAGAUCUACAGUACAGUCAACAAACCCAGAACCAAGAAGACCUGAACACAACAAACCCAGAACCAAGAAGACAUGAACACAAAGGCCCAGAACCACAAACCCAGAACCAGGAAGACAUGAACACAACAAACCCAGAACCAAGAAGACAUGAACACAAAGGCCCAGAACCACAAACCCAGAACCAGGAAGACAUGAACACAACAAACCCAGAACCAAGAAGACAUGAACAGAACAAACCCAGAACCAAGAAGACCUGAACAGAACAAACCCAGAACCAAGAAGACCUGAACACAACAAACCCAGAACCAAGAAGACAUGAACACAAAGGCCCAGAACCACAAACCCAGAACCAGGAAGACAUGAACACAACAAACCCAGAACCAAGAAGACAUGAACACAAAGGCCCAGAACCACAAACCCAGAAACAAGAAGACCUGAACACAACAAACCCAGAACCAAGAAGACCUGAACACAACAAACCCAGAACCAAGAAGACCUGAACACAACAAACCCAG